AUGGCUACCGAUCACGGCCGGCCAAUUGUUCCGCCAAGGGUCCUGAAAACUGACUAUCCCGUAAUUGAUACGGAUCCGUAUGCUCUAUUUGGAUAUGCAAGGCCGUCCGAUUAUGCCGUUGGGGCUGGCGUUGCUGCAGCAUCACCGGCUCUCUUUUGGAUGAUGGAACGAAUGCAUCCGGCGGGUGCUAGGCCGGGAACAUUUGGCAAAGCUAUGCGAUUGGCAACGGCAAUUGGCAUGUUAGGUGGCCUACUCACCGUAUACAAUACAUCAUGUAAACGCUUCUACGGCUUUACAGAAAAUAAACGGGAGGUCGAAAUGGACAUGCGUGAGAUGGUUGACAAGGUUAAGAAAGGGGAGCCUCUAUACGGAGUCUCGUCGCUCUCGCCUUAUAUGCAAGGAGUUGCAGCUCGGAAUUCGCGAUAUUCCUCUCUAUUCAUCCAUGUCAUUCCUUGGUUCAAUUUUGUGAAUCACGACCAGCACGGCGUGGACACCGCGAAGUACUAUCAACAAGCUGAGCGAGAGCUAGAAGCAGAACGUCAAAAAGCCGCGUCCUCGUCAUAAUAUUCUAUUUUAAGCUGUCGUUUGUCCAAGGGUACUCUGUCAAACUAUUUUCCUGUUGCUCCUGCUUCUUUCAACGUUUCUCCCUAGAGAUUGAAGUGAAUAUUGUAUAUAUAUAGUGGAUGAAAAUUCCAUAAAUUUCAUGUUCCUUUUCAGCAGAGAAAAAAGAAAAAGAAAUGUGCGGCGCAAAAUGGCUCUCAGGAGCUGAGUUAUGCGAAGAAAGCGUUAUGUCAGGGGCAAAAUCUCCGCGAAUUCCAUCCCCAUGCUCGCAUCUUCGCCAAAAUCAUUCUUUAGUUCCCGAUCUUUUUUCGGUUUUGGGUUGGGCGCUAGGUUGAACGAUGAGUUUUUGAAGCGAGAAAAAGAAUAAAGAUCUGCCAUUAUAUAAUAAA